AUGAGCCACGCUUAUGGGGACAAGAUUGGAAGAGCGUAUGUGGCAGAGUUUGCGAGGAAACAGAAAAAGAGACAGUCCGAAGGGAUUCCAGCCUCCGGCGUUAAUACCAGCGGCGACGGAGAACAAAGGCAGCAACUUCCGGAGCACUUGUUCCAAUUUUUGUUGAACGCCUCGUCGCCUUCUUCUCUUCCGCAACCGGGCCUAGGCCAUGGUGCUUCUGUGGUGAAAUUUUACAUAGCCGGCACAAGUGACGAUAAGUGGGGGAAGAUGUCGGCGCUGCAACAAGCAUUCCUGCUCUUGACGCAAACCGACAGGACCAUGCAGGACGAGACUUCACCAGCACCCGACGAGUUUUCCGAAACCAUCAAACUCCUCGCGGAGCUGCUUUUUCACGGGGCGAGUUGUCCCUUGUGG